AUGAUCAGACAAUCUACGCUAAAAAACUUCGCUAUUAAGCGUUGCUUUCAACAGAUCGCAUACCGUAACACACCUGCCAUGAGGUCAGUAGCUCUCGCGCAACGCUUUUAUAGUUCGUCUUCUCGUUAUUACAGUGCAUCUCCUUUACCAGCCUCUAAAAGACCAGAACCUGCCCCAAGUUUCAAUGUUGAUCCAUUAGAACAGGCAGCUGAACCUUCAAAAUUGGCUAAGAAACUGCGCCCUGAGCCUGAUAUGGAUACAUCAUUCGUCGGUUUAACUGGUGGUCAAAUAUUCAACGAAAUGAUGUCCAGACAAAACGUUGACACAGUAUUCGGUUAUCCAGGCGGUGCUAUCUUGCCUGUUUACGAUGCCAUCCAUAACAGUGAUAAAUUCAACUUCGUUCUUCCAAAACAUGAACAAGGUGCCGGCCAUAUGGCCGAAGGUUAUGCCAGAGCUUCUGGUAAGCCAGGUGUUGUUUUGGUGACUUCUGGCCCAGGUGCUACCAAUGUCGUUACUCCAAUGGCAGAUGCCUUCGCAGAUGGUAUUCCAAUGGUCGUUUUUACAGGACAAGUCCCAACUAGUGCUAUCGGUACCGAUGCCUUCCAAGAAGCUGACGUUGUUGGUAUUUCCAGAUCUUGUACGAAAUGGAAUGUCAUGGUCAAGUCCGUGGAAGAAUUGCCAUUGCGUAUUAACGAAGCUUUUGAAAUUGCCACGAGUGGUAGACCGGGUCCAGUCUUGGUUGAUUUGCCAAAGGAUGUUACUGCAGCUAUCUUAAGAAAUCCAAUUCCAACAAAAACAACUCUUCCAUCAAACGCACUAAACCGAUUAACCAGUCGCGCACAGGAUGAAUUUGUUAUGCAAAGUAUCAAUAAGGCAGCGGACUUAAUCAACUUGGCAAAGAAACCUGUCUUAUACGUCGGUGCUGGUAUUUUAAACCAUGCAGAUGGUCCAAGACUAUUAAAGGAAUUAAGUGAUCGUGCUCAAAUACCUGUCACAACUACUUUACAAGGUCUAGGCUCCUUCGAUCAAGAAGAUCCAAAAUCUUUGGAUAUGCUUGGUAUGCACGGUUGUGCUACUGCCAAUUUGGCAGUGCAAAAUGCUGAUUUGAUAAUUGCUGUCGGUGCCAGAUUCGACGAUCGUGUCACCGGUAAUAUUUCUAAAUUUGCACCAGAGGCUCGUCGUGCUGCUUCAGAAGGUAGGGGUGGUAUUAUUCAUUUCGAAGUUAGCCCUAAAAACAUAAACAAGGUUGUUCAAACUCAAAUAGCGGUGGAAGGUGAUGCUACAACUAACCUAGAUAAAAUGAUGCCAAAGAUUUUCCCAGUUAAGGAGAGAUCGGAAUGGUUCGGUCAAAUAAACAAAUGGAAGAAAGAAUACCCAUACGCUUACAUGGAGGAGACACCAGGAUCUAAAAUUAAACCACAGACAGUCAUAAAAAAACUAUCCAAGGUGGCCAACGGCACAGGGAGACAUGUUAUUGUCACAACUGGUGUGGGGCAACACCAAAUGUGGGCUGCUCAACACUGGACAUGGAAGAAUCCACAUACCUUUAUUACAUCAGGUGGUUUAGGUACGAUGGGUUACGGUCUCCCAGCCGCCAUCGGUGCUCAGGUUGCCAAACCAGAAUCUUUGGUUAUUGACAUUGAUGGUGACGCAUCUUUUAACAUGACCCUAACGGAAUUGAGUUCUGCCGUUCAAGCCGGUACUCCAGUGAAAAUUUUGAUUUUAAACAAUGAAGAGCAAGGUAUGGUUACCCAAUGGCAAUCUCUGUUCUACGAACAUCGUUAUUCCCACACACAUCAAUUGAACCCUGAUUUCAUGAAACUAGCGGAUGCUAUGGGUUUAAAAGGUUUAAGAGUCAAGAAGCAGGAAGAAUUGGACGCUAAGUUGAAGGAAUUUGUUUCCACCAAGGGCCCAGUCUUGCUUGAAGUGGAAGUUGAUAAAAAAGUUCCUGUUUUACCAAUGGUUGCAGGUGGUAGCGGUCUAGACGAAUUCAUAAAUUUUGACCCAGAAGUUGAAAAGCAACAAGCUGAAUUACGUCAUAAGCGUACAGGCGGUAGGCACUAA